AUGUCUCAACAACAACAAACUCUUAGUGAACAACUACCUCAACAAUCCCAACUUCAACAAACUUACUAUGAUAAUGGAGAAUUUGAACAUUCCGUCCAGCAACUUAUUCAACAGCGGCGACUUCAGCAACCAAUUCAAAAUCUCGAAUUAUUAUUAUCAAAUAUGAGAAUGUCUAUUUAUGAUAGAGAUCCUUCUGAUUUGAAAAUUAUUGAUAAUAGUAAUCAAAAUAAUUUCUCUGCAUUUCCUCUAAAUAACAAUAAUGAUAAUUUCUUUACACUUGCUCUAACUAAUAAUUUUCCACAAUUCGUCAACAUUCUAAUGGAAACUCGUUAG